CGAGGCUACGGACAGCAGGAUCGGUUAUCGAUUGUUAAAGAAGUGUCCUGUUCUGUGCCGCCUCGGAUUACAAUAGCGAUAUCCCGGCCCCCGGGUCAGUGUGGGCCCUGAGUGGGAAAGCUCCGGGCGGGGAGCCAGAGGGAGAGAAGAUGGCGGCUGCUCUGCUGCUGGGGCCGGGGAUCCUCCUACUCUGCUUAGUGCUGGAGGCCGCAGCAUCGGACACCUCCUGCCCGGCACCGUGUGUGUGCGAGGGGAGAAUGCUGGACUGCAGCAGGAGGAGACUGGGCCGACUACCCGCAGCUCCCCUGCCACAGGGCAUCACCAGCCUGGAGAUCAGUCACAAUUGGUUAACUCUAUCCAACAGCAGCCUGGUUCCAGAAUUGUAUUCACUUCAAGAAGUAAAAAUGAAUUACAACGAGUUAACAGCAAUUCCUCAUUUAGGGGAACCGACUUCUAACAUAACCGUUCUAUCGCUAGUACACAACAAAAUCACUGAAUUGCAUGGAGAUUUGCUUCAGCAAUAUAUAUCCUUGGAAUCUCUUGACCUGAGUUCAAACCUCCUGACGGAAAUAAAAAGCUCAUAUUUUCCAAGGAUGUCUAUUAAGUAUUUAAACCUGAGUAACAACAGAAUUUCUGCAUUGGAACCUGGAUCUUUUGACAACUUGUCAAAUUCAUUAAUAGUUUUAAAACUGAACAGAAAUAAGAUUAGUGUGAUUCAGCCAAAAAGUUUCAAGCUUCUUCAUUUACAGUAUCUGGAGCUUCGACGUAACCGGAUUAAGGUUGUGGAAAGCUUGACAUUCCAAGGACUGGACUCCCUCAAAUCUUUGAAACUGCAACGUAAUGGCAUAGUCAAACUAAUGGAUGGGGCAUUCUUUGGAUUGGAAAAUAUGGAGCAGCUGGAGUUGGAGCAUAAUAACAUCACUGAUAUUAACAAAGGUUGGCUAUACGGUUUGAGAUCUCUACAGCAGCUUAACAUGACCCAGAAUUCAAUACACAGGAUCAGCCCAGAUGCGUGGGAGUUCUGCCAGAAACUCUUGGAUCUAGACCUGUCUUAUAACCAGCUGAAUCGUUUGGAUGAGAGUGCAUUUGUUGGUCUCAACUCACUGGAAAAACUGAACCUGGGGGACAACAGAAUAAAUCAUAUAGCUGAAGGUGUUUUUAAAGGACUCACAAAUCUCGUGACUUUAGACCUUCGAAACAAUGAGAUUUCAUGGGCAAUUGAAGAUUCUAAUGAAGCCUUUGCUGGACUCUCAAGACUGCAUACUCUCAUCUUGCAAGGGAACAAGAUUAAAUCCAUCACAAAGAAAGCUUUCACUGGCCUGGAUUCACUUCAGCAUCUAGAUGUGAGCAACAAUGGUAUCAUGUCUGUGCAAGAAACUUCCUUUUCUCAUAUUAAACUCCAAGAGCUAAUUCUGAACACAAGCAACUUAUUGUGUGACUGCCAGUUAAAAUGGUUUCCCCAGUGGCUAACUGACGGUGGUUUUCAGCAAUCCGUUAACGUGACCUGUGCACAUCCUGAUUGGCUGGCUGGGCGUCAUCUAUUCGCUGUGGAUUCUGAAGAUUUUAUCUGUGAUAAUUUUCCAAAACCCCAAAUUAAACUGCAUCCUGAAACUACAGUUGCAUUGAGGGCAAUGAAUGUUACUCUAACUUGCUCAGCGGGAAGUAGCAGUGACACCCCAAUGUCUACAGCUUGGAGGAAAGAUGGUGAAAUCCUGUAUGAUGCUGAGGUAGAGAACUUCGCAAGGUACCAGAAACAUGGGGCAGAACUCAUAGAGUACACCACUGUCCUGCAUCUCUUCAAUGUCAACUUUACGGAUGAAGGAAAAUACCAGUGUGUCAUCACCAAUCACUUUGGCUCCAAUUAUUCUACCAAAGCCAAGCUCACUGUAAAUGAAAUGCCAACAUUUCUAAAAACUCCUAUGGAUCUAACAAUUCGCACUGGUGCUAUGGCACGCUUAGAAUGUGCAGCGGAAGGCCACCCACCCCCACAAAUAGCAUGGCAGAAAGAUGGGGGAACAGAUUUUCCUGCAGCCCGAGAACGACGCAUGCAUGUGAUGCCAGAAGAUGAGGUCCUCUUUAUAGUGAAUGUUAAAAUUGAAGACAUGGGGCUGUACAGUUGCACUGCACAAAACGCAGCAGGGAGCAUAUCUGCCAAUGUUACACUUACUGUACUAGAAACACCUUCUUUUGUAAGACCCUUAGAGGACAGAACAGUAGCACGUGGUGAAACUGCAGUGUUACAAUGUAUAGCAGGGGGAAGUCCAGCUCCUCGUCUUAACUGGACCAAAGAUGAUGGGCCACUUUUGGUGACAGAGAGACACUUCUUUGUGGCAGGCAAUCAGCUACUAAUCAUUGUUGAUGCAGGCCCAGAGGAUGCUGGGAAAUACACGUGUAGCAUGUCCAACACGCUUGGCACGGAGAGAGGUCAUAUCAAUCUAUUUGUCCUGUCAUCAACGAACUGCGAAUCUUCCCAAAAUAUCAUUGGUUUUGAAGAAGAUGGUUGGACCACCGUUGGCAUUGUGAUAAUUGUUGUGGUGUGCUGCGUUGUGGGGACAUCCUUGGUCUGGGUGAUUGUUAUAUAUCAUAUGAGAAGAAAAAGUGAGGAUUAUAGCAUAACCAAUACCGAAGACAUGAAUUUGCCUGCAGAUAUUCCCAGCUACUUGUCUUCCCAAGGAACACUCUCUGAGCCACCAGAAGGAUAUAGCAACUCUGAAGCUGGUAGCCACCAACAACUUAUGCCUCCUGCAAGUGGCUGUGGGCACAAAGGAACUGAUGGACUGUAUGUGGAUACUGGCAGUGAAGCAGAUGCAGACAUCUUAAAUGCACCAUACGCACCCAAUGGACAGGCUAGAAUGCCGCAGUUAUAUAAUGGGCGUAGCACUAUCCAUCCCUCAGAGAUGCGUGAAGGGCUUCCAGUGCCAGGUGCUGGUCAAGUGAUGAUAUGUUCCGAUUGUUAUGACAAUGCCAAUAUCUAUUCAAGGACUAGGGAGUUCUGUCCAUAUACAUACAUAACAGAGGAGGAUCCCUUGGACCAAUCAUUAUCCAGCUUCAUGUCACAAAUUCCAAAGGAUCCAUUACCACCUCACGCUCAUCAUGAAGUGCCUGGCCUUCUCACAAACCAUGAAAGAAAGGAUAAUGCAACACACAACCCUUCCUUUCAUUGUUCUACUUGGGGAAUAAAGAAAGAUCCUACACAUUCUCAUUUCUGCCAUCAGCCUGUAGCAGUACAAGAGAAAACAACGCUCCAAAGUGAAGGGCUACCUUCUGUGAAAUCAGGAGAGCUUUCAUUUUCCAGACCAUGUCCAAGGCCAUGUGACCUAGGCUAUGACCUAAGCAGGACUCCUAAUAUAGAUGAUUACAUGGAGACCACCUAAGUCCAUCAACUUAGCAAGAAAAUUCAGGUCACCUGACUUUCUAUUGACUACCUCAGAAUUUAUCCUAAGGCCAAAAAUUGUUCUCAUAUGUUUGUUUACAAACACGUUGAGUGGACCAAGGCAGCAGUUGAUCAAUUGAAAUGCUGAAGAGACCUUGCAAGUACUUCUUGCUUUUUCUCAUGCUUUUGUAUCGGUGAACUAUGGAACGAACCAAUUUACUGUGAGAGAUUUUAGAGUGGGUGAAUACUUGGUCCCCAAGUACUGUGUUUUUCUGGGAAGCUGGAGCCAAAAUGAAAAUAUGACUGAAAGUGUCAUGAUCUAUUUUCUUUCUGUAGGUUCUCAGCGAUAUUCAUCCACCACCGAGGUGAGAAAGUGUUGGUGUAUUUGCUGUGCUGAGAACAAAAUUUGCAGGCUCACAACACUCCAAGAAAUAAAAGAUUGCAUGCAAGCUCAUAACACCAAGUUGUAACCUUUUGCCAAAAUGGUGAUCAUUACAUUUUCCAUUGUGUACUACACUCCCAGCACUUAAAUGGUAGAAAGCAAAGUUAGUAAGUGAAACGUUCCAUGAUCAGAUUGAACUGUGUUAGCUAGUAAUGUAAGAAUUAAAUCCAUCCUAUGAAUUUCUACGACAGUAAUGGCUAACCUCUGGCAUUGAACCUUCUGUUUGUUUCAAGUGGUACACAGACUGGCCACAACCAUUGUAGUGCCUAAGACUAUAAAUCCUUUUUCAUUUAUAUAUAAUUUUGUCUUUUAAUAUAUUUAAAAUCUGAAUGUUGUGCGAACAUUCUUAUUAAAUGUCUUCUGGUGAGGUGUAACUAGAGGAUUAAAUCUUUUGUCACUCUUUCUCUUAAGCCACUACAUUCCUCUUAAACUAAUUACAUUCUCCUAAACUAUGCAAUGUUUUUUUUAACAUUCUUAAAGAUGCACAUUAUGCAUUCAAUAAUUUAUCAACGCUUGCUUUACAGCUUAUGUGUCCCUUCUAUUAGCAGGUCUUGAAGGUCUUUAUAUCUAGACCAUUUAUGUCUUCAUAUUUAUGUAGUCCAUAAUACUAAAACCUUCCCCUUGUAUCCCUUAUUUAUUUUUGUUCAUAUAUACUCAUACUUGACCUAUCUGCAACAUUUUUUUUUUUUCUUCAUGAGCUGCACAACCCAAGAAUUUGUAUUGUAUUUUCCAACAUACUCCAUGGAAGAACCUGUGAGAGAGAAGUGUCUCAUGGAUUUUUUUCAUUGGAGAAUUUGGCUAUUUUGCCAAAAUUGGCAAUUCACAAUAAUGAAUGAAUUCCAAUGAGGGCUUUAAUCUUAUGUUGAUUAUGACGGCAGUGGCUAUAUAAUACUUUUCUAAACUUAUCAAUAUUCUGUAGGCAUCUGACACAAAGAUUCUUGAAUCAGAUAUAAUAUAUCGAGGAAAUUUAGAGACCGAUGACGUUAUUCCCACAGCUCUCUGCAUUUCCAUUUCUAACAUAAAACAUGCAAUUUUGUUUUUGCAGCCAAGCUACUCAAUAUAACGAGAACCGGGAGAUAACUCUAAAAAUGUUGUUUGAAUGAUUUAAAAAGAAAAUACAGCCAUAUAAGAGAACCACAUAAUCGGGUAAAUAAUUACCUAAACAUUAAACUUGUUUUUACAAAAAUUGAAACACAACAAUAGAUUUACAAUUUCCUACAACGUUUUGGAUAAUUGCUGUUUGUAAACAUAAGUUAAUUUAUUACAUUAUGAAUUCAAGUAGACAGAGGAAAUAACCAAGAGAAAUGUCCUCAAAUGGACACUAUAGGAACCCAGACCACUUCAUCUCAUUAAAGUGGUCUGGGUGCAGUGUCCCUGACCCCUUAACCAUGCAAUGUAAAACAUUGCAGGGUUAAGACUGCUUGUGGCAGCUGUCUCCCAGACAGCCACUAAAGGCACUUUCUGACCUUUAACGGAGUUUAUCUCCAUGAAGCAACAUUGGAUGUCCUCAAGCUUGGCAUGAGGACGUCAACCGCCUUGAAAUCUCCCAUAGGAAAGCAUUGAGUCAAUGAAACUAUUAGGAUUACUUUUAAGAGUUUUUAACAGAUGGUUUAAAACACAAAAAAAAAAAUAACACUAGCAUAGUGUAAAAACAACUUGGUCUCCUGGCAUAAGUAAAAAACAUAAACAAAGAAUGGUGCUUGAAGACCAAGUUGGUGUUACAUUGGUCAUUUUGUGUCCUUGAAAUGAAUGGUACGAUGAGUGGAAGGAGUUUAUCUGCUAAUUUGUGUGAAAGAAACCUCUUUAAAGGAAAACUGCAAAUACCUAAAGCAUUUUAGCUUGCUGAGUGUCUUUUUUAUUUUUU